AUGGAACUUGCCGAUCCCACACCUUUCACUAUCCAACAAGAGCCUGGGAGCUACGGCAAUCUAUCAUCUACAACAAUCACCCCUUCUAAUCUAGACAAAGAUGAACAAACACAAUUAGAAAUGAAACACCGAAAAGAAGAAGAUGACCUCUAUCGAAAAUUCAUUAGACAACGGGAAGAAGAAGAUAAACGAAUCAAAGAUGAAAUAAGGGACGAAUGGGAAAAAGAACUAGAAAGGCUAACGUCUAGGUUUGAAAGAGAAAUUAUAGCUAAAAGGAAAAGGCCCGAAGAUACUAAAGUACUUACGCUUCGAUUACAACAAGAAAGAGACGAUCUAGAAAAAAAUAUGACUUUACGACGAGAAAGGAAAAAGGAAAGUUUGACGAAAAAACUUUUAGAACACGAGAGGGCGGCGACAGCGGCUUUGGUUGAGAAGCAGAGCAGGGAGAUGUUAGAACUUAUAAACGAAAAGAGAUCGCAGUACAUGAUGGCCGAGAGUAUUUACCUGGAGCCCCCCGGGCAGGAGGAGAUGACCCCCUACCCCAGCGAGGCCCCCAGCCCCGCCCCCCCGCUCCUGGCUAAGUACCAUAUUUAUUCCCAUCCCGAUGAAUUCGCUCACGUGGAUGAAAUCGCUAUAUCAGUUGCUCAAGAAGACCAAAAAACCUUUACCGAUUUAGUGCGACAACUUGUUGGAAGGUGCGGUUCAGACAUAGAAAAAGCAAGGACUAUAUUUCGAUGGAUUACAGUUAAAAAUCUGAACACGAUGCAAUUCGAUGAAAAUCUCCGAGGUGAUACGCCAAUGGGUCUUCUUAGAGGAAUCAAGCAUGGGACGGAAAGUUACCAUGUUUUAUUUAAACGCUUAUGCAGUUAUGCUGGCCUCCAUUGUGUUGUUAUUAAAGGCUAUUCUAAGUCCGCUGGAUAUCAACCGGGAGUUCAUUUUGAAGACAAUCGAUUUCGAAAUUCUUGGAAUGCAGUGUACGUGGCAGGAGCAUGGAGAUUCGUUCAAUGCAAUUGGGGUGCACGUCAUCUUGUCAAUGCGAAAGAAAUACCGAAAGCAGGCACUAAACUUGCCAAAACCGAUAGUUUAAGAUCUGGGCAAAGAAGGAACAAGGGCAAGGAAGAGGCGAAGUCAACCUUGGGGGCGGGCACCCGGCCACCGUCGAUCGUCGUGCGUUUUAUUCGCAGGACCAUGACGAUUAGGUGUCACAUAUCAGGAGGAAAAAGUGAUGACAGAAUAUAUGUAGGUGGAGAGAUGAUCAAUUACAAUGGGCAUCUUUGA